AGAGAGAGAGAGAGAGAGAGAGAGAGGCAGGCGCGUCACUAGCUCGUGGGGGGAAAUCAAGAGGGCUAAAACGGCUCGUGGACACAAUGGAUUCGCGAACGAAAGGACUCUGCGUUGAUUAAAGGACGGAGUCUUCGAUGAGCACGAGACACAAGGAGGAGAAGCAGAGGGCUAUGCUGUUUCUGCUCGUCUUUACUGCUGUUUGAUUAACCAUGAUGAAGACUGAACCCCCAUCAACAGCCAGCGGCAGCACUGGCACCACCCUCGUAGCAAGAAGCGCAUCGCCACACAGGAACGCCUAUGAAGCUGGAAUUCAAUCUCUCAAGCCACUAAAAGAUUCCAGUGCUGCUAACGGCGAGGACGUGAAGCCUCGACCCCAAGGCCGGGGCCGCAGGUACGGCUCCAAUGUGCACCGCAUCAAGAAUAUGUUCAUGCAGAUGGGCUCUCCUGGGGAAGAAGAGGAUCCGUCGAAGGCCAAAGACCAGGCCGUCCGACUCUCCCUUCCCAGAGCGAGCAGUUUAAAUGAGAACGUGGAUCACAGCGCGCUGCUCAAGCUCGGUGCGACUGUGUCAGAGCGAGUUAGCCGAUUCGAUGGAAAGACCGAUGGUAGCGGCUCCCGUGGAUCAGCCACAGGCUUCUCCAAGCUGCAGGAGACGCGGAAGAUUUUUGAGCAACGUCACCUGCAGGAGAAGCAGGCUGCGACGAAUCGAAUCCUGCUAAAGAAGGAGCGGGCGUCUGGCUUCCAAGAUAGCCGUUUGGAUGUGGUGGUGCGCUUCAACGGCAGCACGGAGUCAUUGGACAGACUGGAUACAGGGGACUGUCGUGCAGAUGCAGUGUCCCCAACAGUCAGCCAAUUGAGCGCUGUGUUUGAACGAGCAGACCAGCGCAACAACCUUCACCGACCGACCUCAACCUCCCCGCUGCCUUCUACCCCGGCCAAGGUGGGAGGAGUCAGCUCCAAAGUUGCCACCAGAAAGACACGAGUCUCCCCUCCGACGGAGAACCAAGAGGAGGGAGCUCAGUGCAACGACCAAGAGGCUGUACCUGGGAGUCCGAAGACUAGAGCAAGCAUCCAAGCUGACGGACCCAGAGGCAAACCAUCCGAGGAUGAGGCUUUUGCUACAGAUUUAGAUAAGUCCAGGUCAGAAGAGAGUUCCAAACCAGAGGAGCAUGGAGGAGCACCGGAUGCAGGGAGCAGACUGGUACAGGCGGAUGUCCACGCCUCUCUGGAAAAUGGAGAGGCCACCGGUAGUCAUGAGCCCUCUGAACAAAAGGAGGAAAUUGGACAGGCCUGCGGCGAGGAGGAAUCCCACAGAGAGGAUAUCUCAGAAGCAGACCUUGUGGACAUCAGCGCCUACAGCGGGAUCGGAGAGGACUCUGGUGGCAGUCAGCUGGAUGAAGAUGAGGAGGCAGAGGAGGACGAUGCUUAUGAACCAGAAUCCAGCUGUUCGGAAAUCCCUGGGCUGCCCACAGAAGAAGAACCACCCCCCAGCAGGAAGAUUCGUUUCAGUACCAACCCCAUCAAGGUCUUCACCACAUACUCGAAUGAGGACUAUGACAGGCGCAAUGAUGAGGUUGACCCCAUGGCGGCUUCGGCCGAGUAUGAACUGGAGAAGAGGGUGGAGAGACUGGACCUUUUCCCCGUCGAGCUGGAGAAAGAUAAAGACGGAUUGGGAAUCAGCAUCAUCGGGAUGGGUGCCGGCGCAGACAUGGGUCUGGAAAAACUGGGAAUCUUCGUCAAGACAGUGACGGAAGGAGGAGCCGCCCACCGAGACGGAAGGAUCCAGGUGAAUGACCUGAUCGUGGAGGUGGACGGAACCAGUCUGGUGGGCGUGACCCAAAAUUUUGCUGCAUCGGUCCUCAGGAACACCAGCGGCACGGUCAAGUUUGUGAUAGGCCGGGAGAAGCCUGGGGAACAGAGUGAAGUGGCCCAGCUGAUCCAGCAGACACUGGAGCAGGAGAGAUGGCAGAGGGAAAUGAUGGAGCAGCGCUACAACCCCUACAUGGAAGAGGACGAGGAGACGGGUGAAUAUGCCACGGAUGAAGAGGAAGAGAUGAGCCCCAUGUUUCCUAACGCCAUCGAGGUGUUCGACCUGGCAGAGAAUGAAGACAUGCUCUCUCCUGUGGAGAUGGACCCAGAGAAACUUCAACACAAGUUUAAGGAGCUCCAGAUAAAACAUGCAGUGACCCAGGCUGAGAUCCAGCAGCUCAAGAGGAAGCUGGCUCACGCGGAGCAGGAUAAGCUGCGCUGGCGGAUGGAGAGGGCUCAGUUGGAGCAGACGGUGAGAGAGAAUAAGGAGCGGAUGGAGAAGUUGGAGGGCUAUUGGAUGGAGGCUCAGAGCUUGUGCCAGGCGGUGGACGAGCACCUGAAAGAGACGCAGGCGCAGUAUCAGGCGCUGGAGCGCAAGUACAGCAAAGCCAAACGCCUCAUCAAAGAGUACCAGCAGAAAGAGAUCGAGUAUUUGAAGAAGGAGACUGCCCAGCGCAGAGCACAAGAGGAGUCAGAGGCCAGCCACAAGGUGGAGACAGAAAAUCUCCAGGAGAAGAUUACCGACUUGGAGUCAAAGGUUGGUGCUCUGAAGAGCUUGGAGCCGUCGUAAGCCUUCCUCUGUGGAAAGACGGAGAGAACGACAGAAACGCCUUGAACUCCGCCCACUCUACCCUCCGACCACAUUUUCCCUCCAUGACCUGAAGAGCCUGACGAACUACAGGAAACAUGCUGAGGGGAUGUUACCGGGGACAAAGAUGGGACAAAACACACUGUACCAGACGCCCGAGGGACGUCUAGCCAUCAGGAGGCCCUUUUUAUAGUCAUUUAGUCACGUUCUCCAUUUCUUUUUAAGCGCCCUUAAAGGUAUUACGAGCCUCUCCGCUCUCGGCAGGAAUGUAGAACCUCUUCGUUAAUAAACGUUCACUCAAAUGCUUGCAGGAGAAGAACGAAACGGUUGCCGGACAAAGGCGGCACGGAUUAAUAAGUGUGGGAUGGGAGCGAGAGGCGGCCUGUAUAGCAUCGACUGACAAGAGGACUGUUUGUAUAUAUUCUGGCAUAUAUUUAAAUAUUAAAACCGCUUAAGCAAUGUGCUGGGGGGGAGGAGAUGGGGGCAAGGGCUUUACUUUUCACGUCUAGGCAAAUAAUACAGCGAAAACGGUCCAUUUUUGCAUGGCAACAGAGAGAGUUUUUUAGGACAAAAAUGGGAAAACAGGGUGUGAGAAGUGUAAUCAUGUAGAGUUAGCAUUCAGGGGCUUCUCAUGUUUGCUUUCUGUCGUGUUAAUGGAAGUAGAACGAAUAGGGGCUUGCGAGUGAUGCUUCUUCACAGGAGGAGCAUCCCUCUGUGCUUAAACUCCAGUGCUUGUGGUUAGUUGGUGCGGUGCUUGUCUGCACUGCUCAGUGUGCCUCGGUCAACCCUGCAAUGUCGUGUUACUCUGUGACGUGACAGAGUAAGACCUCUGCAUCAAUCAGAAAUAUGGCCUUGUUUUAUUGCUACCCAAAACCUUUCACCAGCCCUCUCUGUUCAAGCAGACUUGUAGCGUGUUUACUCCAAUGUAUUGGUCUCCGGAGGCCGCAGUAAGUGCACUCAGACUGCGCUGCGGAGGGCCUAGGAGAUGAAGUUUUCUGCUUAAUUCCUUCUCUGUCUGAUGGACGUGGAUUGAUUCAGUAUUAUCAUUCCAUACACGAUCACGUGGAAUCUCCUUUUAGUUGCUUUGUGGUGUUACAAGCCACUUUCGUCUUCGUUACGCUGUCUUAAAUGUGUUUUUAUUGUACUCCUGGGAAAACUGGAAUUUUGAAGCAGGAAUUUGAGACUUUAAUUAUAUGCCACCUUUUUAAACUCAAAUCCACAGAUGGGCGCAAGUUAGCAUGUUUGAGAUACUGAGCCUUGUUCGCAGGACACGAGUCUAGAACGUAGAUGUGAGAUAUAUUCGUAAAACCACUCAUGGGGGCCAUUCACACAGAACCAAUGUAAACACGUCUCAGCAUUUUUUGGAAGGGCACAAAAAUGUGUUUUGAGACGCAUCCACUAAAAAAAUACACUAUAUUUUUAAGUAGAACUUAGUUUUCAUUUAAGCACAGUAUUUUAAAAACGGUUUUCCAUGUGCUGCAAAAGCCGCAAGACCUAAAUGGUCAAAGGCAACUGAAAAGUAGAGCAGUGAAAUGCAAAAAAAAGGCAUUCUGUGUGAACCACCUACAUGCAGAUGUAAGAGAUGGUUCACACUGAAUGCGCUGCUUUCUCCUCUUUUUUUUCUUGUAAAUAACACGAGCUUCCCAUUUUCAAAAAAAGCGUUUGUAAACAACGCCCUCCGUGUGAACGGCCCUCAGUCUGUGGAGCGCAGAUUAUUUUCUGUAGUUCAAUUGGGUAGUUGAGUCCUGUUCUCUGGGCCUCUCACGUCAACCGUUUUAACGAAAGAGAACCAAGUUGUUUUUUUCACAUGCCAAAAAAAAACUCUUUAUUCCUGGCUCGGUAUUGAAAACCUUAGUAUUGAAGUUCUUCCCGUUUCGCUCCCUAAAGUGUUUAAGCGUUGUUCAGCUUUUUACGAACUGUUCUCGUUUUACAUGAUUGUUCAUUUUCAUAAAGUUUUAGUAUUUUUUUAAUAUUGAAAGUCGUUUUCUGUUGUACAUUGGUUAGAAUGUCGAUCAAGAAACAGGGUACCGCUGAGAUACAAACGAUGAUAGGGACAUCUUAAAAUCAUUCCACUUUUGAAUGUCAAUCAUCCUAAAAUGCAGUUUAUGUGCGACUUUCGUUGUCAUGGUCACCUAGAAUCAUUUUUCAAGCAAGCGAGAACAAGCACUGACUGGAAACGAUUUUCUCGCUCCAUUAAUUAGGGGCCUGUUAUCUCAGUCGUACUGCUCCUAAUUCGUGAAUCUCUUUAACCCUUUAGCCUAACCGAGGAAGCCCACUGAGUUGACAAGGACCUUAUUAACAAAGAUAUGAGAAACAAAACGGUCAAAUUUGUUGUGUAUAGUUCUGUUUGCUGAAAUAUAACGUGGACGUCCAGACGGUGGCGCGGUCGAAACACGGAGACGUUCAUUUCUUACUCCCGUGAGUCACACUUGUAGAAACGGGCGAACUGGGUUAUGGUGGAGGUGACGGACACUUUGAAUCUUUUAAACGCUUUUAAAUUUCACAUUUUAGCUUAGCUUAGCCUUAGCUGCUGCCUUUAAUGAAAUGAAUUUGCUUCCAUGUACAGGAACGAGCUCUGUGUUUUCUCCUCACUUGCUGGUGUAAUAGUUAGUUCCUCUUUAUUUUUGGUGUCCUACGGUGUAUUCAAAUCUAAUAAUAAAAUGAGUACAAAAUGACGUUUAAAGAUGUUGCUUUACAGUGUCGUCAAACAAGCAGCGACUUCUUGGAUCUAUAUUGGAGGGCGAAAGUGUCUACAAAUGCCACAAUUUCUAAUUUUAUUGCGAUUGCCAUAAUUAUGACAUUAGCGCAUUUGUCUGACACCUAACAUAAAGCAGGAACAACGAUUUUGGUUGUUUUACGAACUCGACUUCAUUUCCUCUGUGCUGUUUAGUUCCUUUUUUUAACCCUGCCAUGUAAAUUGCUACAACAUGAACCAGAGGAAGAUGUUCUCCAUUUGAAAUAAGUGUCAUCAUGUUCAAUAAUUGCAUAAGUACUGUCAUAAUAAAUGCAGAAGUGUGCUGA